AUGAUCAACCCAAAAAAAAUUAAAAUUCUCCCUAUAUGUAUUCUAUAUUUUAUUGAAUUUAUACAAAAUAAUUUUUAUUUUUUUUUUAAUUUAUAUAGAAAAUAGGGCACAGGCUUAGCUUAUUCCGCUUCUUUUUAAUAAAAAUCAGGAUUUUUUUUUAAAAAUGAUAAAAUAUACUUUUUUAUCCAGCUAGAAUAUGAAAACCAAUUAAUUUGUAUUAAAACAAUGGGAUGCUCUGUAAAUGCAGGCAAAAGAGCAGUUAAUAUAGGAGGAAACCCUGAAAAUGUGGUCACAAUAACCAACGCAUCUAUCUCAAAAAAAGCUAAAAAGAGCAAAAAUGACCCACUUGAUCGUCGAGUCAGUUCAGUAAACGAUCUUAUUGUCCAGCAAGCCAAUUUUGUCAUGGAAAACGAAAAUAAAUUCCAAGAAGUCUAUAGAAUCGCAAACGUCAUAGGUGCAGGCGCUUUUGGGGAAGUCAGAGUUUGCUUUCACAGAGACACUGGCGCUAAAAGAGCUGUAAAAAUAUUCAGAAAAGAUAUGAUGACUAAUGAGUCAUCCAAGGCAAAUUUAGACAGAGAAAUUGCUAUUUUGAAGUCAGGAAAGUGAAUAAAAUGGUAAAUUAUUGUAAUUUUUCUUAUAAAAAAUAUCCCUUGGGCUUUUUGCAAUGGCCGUUUGAAGUCAUUAGACCAUCCUAAUAUAGUAAGAGUUUAUGAAUUUUUUGAAGAUUCUAAAAGACUUUAUAUAGUCAUGGAAUAUUGUAGCGGAGGUGAGCUGUUUGCAGAGAUUACAAAGAGGGCGUCAUUUACGGAAAAUCAAGCAGCUCAGGUCAUGCAUCAACUGUUUUCAGCCGUUUCAUAUUUGCAUGAUAAUGGAAUCCUACACAGGGAUUUAAAGCCAGAAAAUAUUUUACUAGAAGAAAAGAAUGAGCUGAUAAAUAUCCUUUUUUAGCUGAAUUUUUAGCAAAAAUAUAAAAUCUAUAAAUAUUCACUAUUUAACACAAAAAGUAUAUAAAAUUGGUAGACUUUGGGACUGCUACUUUUAACGUUGAUAAAAGGGCUAUUACACAAACCAUGGGAACGGCCUAUUAUAUUGCUCCAGAAGUCAUUGAAGGAGACUAUAACGAAAAAUGCGAUGUCUGGAGCUGUGGAGUUAUUAUGUAUAUAUUACUAGCUGGAUAUCCGCCAUUUAAUGGAACUAAUGAUGAUGGCAUUAUAGAAAGUAUCAGGAAAGGAGUAUAUGAUUUAGAUGGAGACCCAUGGCCUAGAAUCUCAGAAGAUGCAAAAGAGCUUUUAUGCUUGAUACUGACACCUGAAAAGAAAAGGCUAUCUGCUUCACAAGCACUACAGCACACAUGAAUAUCCCAAAGGGUUUAUAGGCCUGUUACUAGCAAAGAGGUGAUGGAGUCUAUUAUAAACAAAUUAAAAGCUUUUCAUGCCACAAGUAAGCUAACUCCCCCCAUCCUUGAUCGAAGGGCUCGUCAUCGUUCGAUCAAGGAUGGGGGUUAAAAAAAAUUAUAUAUAAAAAAAAAAAAAUAUAAUUUUUUUUUUAUAUACUUUUAUAUACUUUUAAAUAGUAUUUAAUAAUUAUUUUUUACGGCAAAAAAAUAAUUUUAUAAGAAUACCAAUUUUUAAUUUUUUAUUUUUUGGUUACACCUUUAAACUGUAUAAAUUUUAAUUUAUUCAUUAUUGAAUUAAAAAUUUUAAAGAAUCUCUAUGUUUUAGAUUAUUGAGUUUUUAAGCCCAGGCUGAUGACUAAAGCACUUCAGAUGGUUGAUUCCGUAGCUUUCUGUCGUCUCAAAGCCUCUGAAAACAACUUCAUUAGGCACAUCUUCCCAAGCUUUUGAUAACAAAUAUAUUUUUAUAUAUAUAAAAAUUUGUAUGAUAUAUGAAAAUCGUUCGAUUAAGGAUAGGGGUUAAAUUUUCUCAAUUUUUAGGAAUUUUUACAGUCAAUCGUUCGAUCAAGGAUUGGGGUAAAUUUUCCCAAUUUUUAGGAAUUUUUACAGUGAAUCGUUCGAUCAAGGACGGCGGGGAGUAAGAGACGCUGUCCAUACUUUUAUCACUCUUCAGUGCAUUUCGAACCAGGAUACUAAAAUACUUAUUCCCUCAACAAAAAAAUUAAAAAUAAAUAGAAAAAAAUCAUUAUAAGUUUUAUUAAAUUUUUUAUAAAUUAGGGAGAUUAGAGAAGUAUUCAGGACAAUGGAUAAAAAUGGGGAUGGAAAAAUUAGCAGGGGAGAGCUGCUAGAUCAGUUUAUUAACACUAUAGGCACUGCUAAUGCUGAGAUUGAGUCUGAGCAUAUAAUGAAAGAAGUCGACACAGAUGCAAACGGCUUUAUAGAUUACACAGAGUUUUUAAAAGCUACAAUGGACAUAAAGAAAGUCUUAUCUGCAGAAAAUUUAAAAGCUGCUUUUAAAUUAUUCGACAGAGAUGGCAGCGGAAGUAUAUCAAAAAACGAACUCAAAAAAGUAUUAGGCGGCACUAUUGUAGCUGAAGAUCACGUUUGAAAUGAAAUUAUCAGAGAAGCAGACCAGAAUGGGGAUGGGGAAAUCGACUUGCAGGAGUUUCAAGAUCUUAUCUUGUCAAAAAUUUAA